AGCAUUUUCUAAGAAUCCGUUGAAAGCUCUUUAUCUCUCUGUUUUUCCGUGAAACCUUUUCUUCCUCUGUUUUCAUUCUUCUUCUUCCUCUUUUCCUUAUCUCUUCCAUUACCAUACCAUUUGUUGUUAUUGUUCUGCCAUUUGGACCACAUGCUGUGGAAAACAAAAGAUAAAACUUUAAACUUUAUCAUCGGAAUCUCCAUUUCACACCAAUAAAAAUAACAACACACAUGUUUAUCCAAAACAACAUCACUUUUUCCUUGAUGGUUCUUAUCUCAUGCAAUACCUUUUAGAUUCUUUCUAAUGAACGCUUCUUUAUUCUGCGUGCUCCAGAUUUAAAGUUGAAAAAAACGUGACUUGGAAUCUAUGUCGUGUGUACCAGCAAGAACGGGGAGACAAAGACAACGUUAUGAAGACAACCUUCGACUUGUUUCUGGAUGUAUUCCGUAUAGAUGGAGAAAGGAGAAUGGAGACCAGAUGGGAGAAACUGAGGAAAUGAUAGAAGUACUUAUGAUUUCUUCGCCAAAACGCGAUGACCUUGUGUUUCCUAAGGGUGGUUGGGAGGACGAUGAGACUGUUAUACAAGCUGCUUGUCGCGAAGCUUUAGAAGAAGCAGGAGUUACAGGAAUUUUAAGAGAAACUCCAUUAGGAAUGUGGGAAUUCAGAAGCAAAAGCAGUCAGGACUUGUGUAGCAUGGAAGGAGGCUGCAGAGGAUACAUGUUUGCCUUGGAGGUGACCGAAGAGCUUGAGGCAUGGCCCGAGCAGAAAAACCGUGCUCGCCAAUGGUUGAACAUAAAAGAGGCAUUUAGACUCUGUCGAUACGAUUGGAUGUGUAACGCGCUUGAGGAGUUUACGAAAGUUAUGUCAGAGGAUACGAAGAAUGUUGACCCCCCUUCGGUUAUCUCAGCAGAUGUCUCGGAGUGUCAAAGUGAGUCACCCAAAUGCUAUAAAAGAUCCUCGACUAUGCAGCACCACAGCGUGCCAUCUAAAGCGAAUCUACUGCAACGCGCUUCUCAAGAGAUAGCCAUCCAUUUUGGCUAUUGAAAUUGCUGUACACUUGUGCUAUUUUCUGCAUUAACUUCUUCAAACUGAUAAGACCAAAAUGUGAAGUAAUGAUUUGGACUUUUGAUGCUCGUGUCAGCGAUUUCAUAGUUGUAGGUUCGCUUUCUUCCUUUGUGAUCGAUCGUAAUGUAGAAUAUGGCGGUGAAAGUCUCAAGUGUAAAUGGACUUAAAUAGCUGUUUGCUUCACCCCACAAUUCAUGAAAAAAGUUGUAAAAUAGCAGGCACCAUUUCUGGGAAUCUGGUUGUCGCAGAGGCGAAUAGCACCAUUGGUUGUGUUUUCUGUGAAAUUCAUCUCUCUUACUCAUCAAAUUGAUUGAACAUUAAGGCA